AAAACUUCAGAAAAAAAUGUCAAAAUUUGAAGUGGAUUCUGAUGGAUUUCAAAUUGUAAAAUCAAAACAUUCAUUCAAAAAACCUUCAAAAUUACCAGAUAAAUCAUUAGAUGACGAAAAACUUUACAAUAUAAAUAAAGAGAAAUUGAUAAAGCAAAUAGAAGUUGCUGUGGAUUGUAUGAAAGGCUCAGAAUAUUUUGAAGACGCAAUUAAGUCUGUCUGAAUCAUGGCAUCAAUUACUACAAAGCCUGCACUAGUGACCUUGAGGCAACUACUCUCAGAACUACGAAAGCAGAGUUCAACGAAGAGACUGGCCGAGAACCAAAUGGUACAGUACAUAUUUAGCCAGUACCGUAAAUACCAGACUACUGAUCAACAACUCUGUAAGGCAGCGGAAGAAAUGCACUAUAAAGCCAAAACCUACUUCAACUAUUUACAUAAUUCUAGAACGUAUAAAGAGAUCAACGUGGAAUUCAAAGGUAAAGGGGAAAGGUCCGUAGAAGAAACGGCUAAGAUGGUUGGAUUCAAGUUACCUCAUGACCCGAAACCAUAGAUAAUUUUAAUUUAAUAGAAUAUUACCUAUAGUUAUUGUAAAUAGCUAUCUCUAAAUAGUAUGUAGUACAAAGCCUUUGUUUUGAAGUUAUAAAUAAAACACAAUAAAUAAAAUAAAACAA